AUGUCACUAUUGUCACAUCGUCAAAGAGACGAGCUUCAUAAAGCUAUCCUUGAUUAUCUUUAUGCAAAUGGUUUUGCCGAAUCAUUCAAUUUGUUGAAAAUUGAAGCACAACAAAAUGAUUUCAAUUCUGAUCCCAAACAAAAAUAUGCUGGAUUAUUGGAAAAAAAAUGGACUUCGGUCAUUCGGUUACAAAAAAAGAUUAUGGAUUUGGAAAACAAGAUUACACAAAUGACUGAAGAACUAAACAAUGCACCUUUAAGAAUAACCAAUACUGCAGUUGAUUGGGUACCACGAGCACCAGAAAAAUAUUCACUAACAGGACAUAGGAAUCCAAUUACACGUAUUACAUUUCAUCCUGUGUUUUCUAUAUUGGCAUCUGCUUCUGAGGAUACUACUAUAAAAAUUUGGGAUUACGAAACUGGUGAAUUUGAACGAACUCUCAAAAGUCACACUAAAGCAGUUCAAGAUAUAACAUUUGAUCCUAAAGGCAACCAUUUGGUAUCUUGUUCUGCUGAUUUAACAAUAAAAGUGUGGGAUUUGCAAAAUGAUUAUAAAUGUAUUAAAACUUUGUAUGGACAUGACCAUAGUGUUUCAUCAGUUGCAUUUUUACCAUCCGGUGAUAUUAUUGUAUCAGCCUCACGAGAUAAAACAAUCAAGUUAUGGGAAUUAUCAUCGGGAUAUUGUAUAAAAACAUAUACCGGUCAUUUGGAAUGGGUGAGAAUGGUAUCACCAAGUGAAGAUGGAAAAUGGAUCAUAACUAGUUCAAAUGAUCAGACUUCACGUUUAUGGGAAGUGCAGAGUGGAGAUUGUAAAAUGGAUUUUAGGGGACAUGAUCAUGUAGUAGAAUGUGCGAUCUUUGCGCCUAUUGCUUCAUAUCCUUUAGUAAGAGAAUUGAUAGGUGUAGAUAAAGAUCCCAAAGGAAAUAAAGAUCAACCAAUUCCUGGUCAAUAUAUUGUAACCGGUUCAAGGGAUAAGACAAUUAAAUUGUGGGAUUCGACAGGUCAAUGCUUGAGAACUUUUGUGGGACAUGAUAAUUGGGUUCGUGGACUUGCAUUCCACCCUAGUGGAAAAUUUCUUCUUAGUGUAUCAGAUGAUAAGACUUUAAAGAUAUGGGAUGUUAAAACUGGCCGAUGCACCAAAACUUUAGAAGCUCAUGCACACUUUGUGACAUGUAUUGCAUUUAACACUGGUACUCCUGUUGUUGCUACAGGAUCUGUAGAUCAAACUGUGAAGAUUUGGGCGCCAUAUAGAUGA